AUGAAAUCCUUUGAAUCGCGCUCUUCCGUCGAGUAUCCUCGAAAGCGUGCAUCAAUCGCAUGUAAUUUCUGUCGUCAUCGGAAACGGAAGUGCGAUGGCCAAAAGCCUACAUGUGGACUCUGCACCGACGCCGGGGCACACUGUGUGUAUCAAGAAAGCGAGAGAGUGCAGGACAUCCCGUCAGAAAUCCUGGCCCGCUUGACCCAUUUGGAGACCUUGAUCGAGGAACAAAGAGAUGCCAUCAAGGAGCUCACCAUCCGAGUGUCCUCUGCCUCACCUCAAUCAGACCAAGUUGAUUAUCGACCAAAGACCACCGUCUAUCCCACCCAGCCACGAUACGACUGGGACCCGUCACCAGACCAUGUAUAUGGUGAUAGGUCUUUAUUCGGACCCUCGUCACUAGAACGGCCAUACAGCCAUCCAUUUAGCAUUACCCCAGGCCACCACACCCCAACAGGAAGCUUGUUUGCAUUGGGGCAAAUCAAGGAACUGAUUGGUGAAUACCCCGAAGACUUUUUCAGGCAGCUAGAAUGGAAGCGCCCACUCCUCGGCCUGCAACUCCCCGGUGUACCUCGAAGUUUCGAACAAAUCGACCGCAAUCUUUUGCUACCACAAGUCACCAAGCCUCUGAUCAAUGAGUUUCUCAAAUGCGUCCAUCCCUUCUUUCCGAUCAUCGACCCGCAGCUACUACAGACAUUAUUCGAGACCUUCUCGACAUACACCAAAGUUAAUAGCGUCCAAACCUCACUAUAUCUUCUCAUUCUUGCCCUCGGAAAGGUCUCCUCGAAUCCAGAAAGGAUCUUUGAUAUUGAAGCGGACAAAGAACUGAAUGGGAUGGAAUACUUCGCUCCCGCAUAUAAUUAUGUGAACGACACAGUGGUACAGCAGUCAUCGAUGGCGGACGAGCUACUACCACUGGCCCUAUUCUUUGCUUCCUUGUAUUUGCGUUACAUAGGGCGCCCUAUUCCCGCAUGUUUCGCCAUUCAGAGUGCAUCUCGAACGGUGCAACAUGUGAUUACCGAGCAGCAGAAAGUGAGAACGGUGUCUGGCCUAGCUCCGCUAUAUCGGACAGCCUGGGGCUGUUUCAUCCUCGAGUGUGAUGACCUGGCGGAAUUCGAAUUUCCCCCCACCAAUAUCCAGGACCUUGCUGAUAGGAUGCCCUUUCCUGAGUUUCCUGCGUUUGGGGAUCCAGAAGAAAGCCGACAGUGCCACACGCUAUUCCUCGCAAUGACCUCAAUUCGCAAGAUUCUCAACAGUGUGCACAACACUCUUUAUGCAAAGCCUCAACCGGAAAACUACCAUUCCUCCUCUCCCUCUCGACACGCAAGUGAGACACCCAGCGUACCUCCGCAAAAGCAACCGAUCGCGUCUCUCAAAACCAUCAGCAAGGAGCUCGAUCGGCAAGUGGAAGUAUGGGUCCAGAGCAUCCCAGCAUACGCCAGGCCAUCCCUAAACAGUCCCAUCUUCCCUGGCCAUCCUUACCACACUCCCAUUCUCGCCCGGUAUUAUGCAACCAAACACAUCAUCGGUCGCCCGAGUCUUCUAUAUGCCGCCAACAAUCAGACCAGCAGCGUGUUGCCGGAGUACAUUUGGAAUAACUGUACCGACUGCGUGAUCAACUGUCGCAAAUUCCUACAGACGGCAUCGAUCCUUUUGAGGAAAAGAACUCACUCAACUUGGCUAAGAACGCAAGCAGUACUGGCGGCCAUCUUCACUCUCGCAAUCGCUAAAAGGACCCCGUCUCUGGAGGCACUUGUACCAGAUUUCGACGAGCUGGUAGCGGGGGCGAUUAAAUCCAUUGAGCCAUGGGCGCGGCAUUCAGAAUCGUCAGAUACUGUCGUGGGCAUGUUGAAGACCAUCCGACAGAAGAUGCGAGUGAUGGUCAGGGGUCAUAUCCAGGGUGUUCGACUAGCAGGACAGCCCUCUACCUGGGAUAUCCAAAUCGAAUACUCUGCAGCUUCCCCCAGAGGUAAAGUCACAUCGGUGACGCCGCAUGAAUCUGCCAGGCCUACCUCAGAAACCAUCGAAUCCCCUUUAGCCCUACCAGCCUUGACACACCCGCACAUCCACCUCGACAAAGCCUUCAUACACAGUGCACCUGAAUAUGCCGCCUUCCUACCAUCAACCGGCACGUUCCAGGAGGCCCUGUCCUCAACAACGAAAGCCAAACAACAAUUCAACCACUCCGAUCUCCUCAAAAGAGGAGAAUGGUUACUUGCCGAGUCCACCGCAGCAGGCGUUACGGCAAUGCGAGCAUUCGUCGAGGUAGACCACACAGUGCAGCUAGUCUGUCUAGACGCCGCUGUCGCCCUUCAGUCACAAUGGAAAGACAUCUGCGAUAUACAAAUCGUCUGCUUCGCACAGGAUCCCAUAUUCUCCACCGAACACGGAGACCAAAAUAUGAAAGUCUUGGAACUUGCUCUGCAGAAAUACCCGCAGGUAGAUGUACUCGGGACAACACCGUACGUCGAAUCAAGCGUGGAGGCCGCAAAGCAGAACAUCGACUGGGCAAUUUCCCGUGCUCUACAAUUGGAUAAGCACGUCGACUUCCAUCUCGAUUAUAACCUCGAUUCAAAGAGAGAGCCGUUACUCUGGCAUGUUCUACAAACUCUCAAACAACGGAACUGGACCGCACAGUCGACGGAUAAACGUGUCAUGCUGGGCCAUUGUACGCGACUGACUCUACUGACGGAAACCGAAUGGACUCGGCUCGCGACUGAGAUCAAGGAGAAUAACCUCCCGGUCAGCUUUGUCGGUCUACCAACGAGUGAUAUCUACAUGGCGUCGGCUGGGGUUCGUGAGUGCGGAGCACCGCAGGAUCGUCCCAGGGGCACUCUACAAGUCCUCGAGAUGAUCAAAAGGUACGGUCUGGAUGCGGUGAUUGGUGUGAACAAUGUGGGCAAUUCGUUCACGCCGUGGGGUCUGCCGGAUCCGCUGGCGCUGGCUUGUCUUGGUGUGGGCAUUUACCAGGCUGGGAGUCAGGCAGAUGCUGAGCUUCUGUAUGAAUGUGUGUCGACGCGGGCGAGGAAGGCUAUCGGGCUUGGAUCGUCGAGUAAAGGGCUUUGUAUAGUGGCUGGGCGUCAGAUGGAUCUUUUGGUGGUUCAUUGCAGAGAUGAGACUGGGUGCGGUGUGGGGAGGCCGCGGAGGAAUGUUGCGGAGGUUGUGUGGACUCCGCCGGGGAGUUUGAAUAGGGAUGUUGUUUUUGGUGGGCAUCUGAGGGUCUCGCCGUUUGUAGAUGCGGAAUCGGAGGGGUUUUAUCAGUUUGGUUGA